AUGGAGAUGCUGAACUUGAAGCCUUCGUUUGCCAAGAAGCUGAACCGAGAAGGGUUUAGAUCCAUGCACUUGGCGGUGAGAAACGGGAAGACCAAGCUGGUGCACCUACUGUUGAAGGCCGUUAAAGAUCUCGCUCGUGUCAAAGGAUGGAAAGGGAUGAUUCCUUUCCAUCACGCUGCUACAACUGGAAACUCUAAGCUUUUGUUCGAGUUUCUCGAGGCUUGCCCCGAAAGCAUCGAAGACGAUACUAUCCGAGGCGAGACUGCUUUACAUCUCUCUCUGAAACACGACGACGUCGAAGCUUUUAAGCUUCAAUUGGGAUGGCUUCAAAGGAGCAGAACUGAAACGAUGUCAGAUUCUUACAUUUUGUUGGAUGUAAAAGCUAAGAACUGGGAAGAUUCGACGGCUCUAGAAGUCAUUCAAAAGGUCCAAGGACGUGGAGACAAUAAGAUCACCGUGACCGACGACGAUGAUUCCAAGAUUAAACGGUUAAAAAGAAAAUUAACCCUUUCGAGAGAUGUCGUGUAG